AUGGAUUCUCUUGAUCCUGAUACCCGAAAAGUGCUCCUUGCAAGAUUCAUCCGUGAUUGCGAAUUGGCUAAAGCACUUGCAAAGCCAACACUUUCUGAAGAUCAUAUAGAAAUAAAGGGGAAAGGAACUCGAGCAACUACUCCAGAGACUUCUCCCAAAGCUAAUAAGCCCAAAUCAUGUAUUAACCCAAAGCCAAACGGACAUCCAGACAAGCAAGCAGAACGAGGAGAUCCCAAGGAUUCAUCUCAAGAACCCGUACAAAGCCUCAUCCAACCUUCAUCUCCAACACCGGAACAAAGCCUCCAUCAAGGAACCUCGGCGAACAUCAAUCAAGGAAACUCAGUGGAUGCUAAUCCAGCAGUCAAAGGAACCAGCUCAGCGGAAUCGAGUGAAGUUAACAAGCAAGAAACCAAUCAGCAAUCUCCUCCUCAUUCUCAAGGUGAAUCACCACUUACUUCUCAGAGUGAGAGUCAGUCACCGCGGACGACACGUGCUCAGAAGGUCUCCCAACUAACCCGUGCUGACAAAAGUAAAGAAUUUCGGGUAACUCGCAAAUCCACCCGUGUUACCUCUCAUACUCAUGAGCAACCUAACCCAAAUAGGCAGAAACUGUCAGGAGAGUUGCGCCCAGACAAUGAUACCCAGAUGCAUCUGGAUAGCUGCCUCCUUUGGCAAAGUGUGACUGAGCUAAUCACCUGUACAGAUACAUCUGAGAAUUUCCAACUGCCUGCCAUAAGUUCAGAUGCAUCUCAUUUUUUGAAAUCUUCAUGCCCAGAUACAUCUGGUGGGUCACGCACAAAGUAUCAUUCAAUCUUUGCAUCGAGAUCACCAGAUGCAACUGACUUUUUGGACUCUUCAUGCCCAGAUACAUCUGGUGGAUCACGCACAGUCUUUUACAGAGUUUGGUGGUCUUUUGGCGCAUAA